AUGGCGGAGCAGCCCAGGCGCACAAAGGCGCACUUUUCCCUCCUCCAGGCACCUUCCUCCCCCGCCUUGAAAGCCCAUCGCCGGCUCCAACCGCUUUUGCCUGCCUCUCUCUCAAUCCCUCCUCCUCCUCCUCCUCCUGCUGACUCAGUCCAAGGGACAAACUCAAAGGGCAACCCAUUGGCUCGGCAGGCACAGCUUCCCCGGCGCUCGGAGGAUGUGGACCCGAAGGGAGGCUUCUUCUGCCGCCCUGGAGAGCCCUCCCUGAGCCCCAAAGGAAGGGAAGGGAAAGGAAGGGGCCAAGCCACUCCAGCAGGCUCGCCUUUCCGUCCCAGAAACAAAGACGCCCGAAGAAGUUGCCCCUCUGCUUUCCCUGCCAGGAGCAGAAGUCACCAUGACAGCCAUUGCUGUGCAGAUAUAACCUUUUCUCUUUUCUUUUUUUGGGAAUUUCUCUUUAAGGCCCAGUGGCUGCGUGCUCAUGGAAGGCCUAAGAAGUUGUUUUUUGAGACUUUUAUCCGGAGCCUCAUUAUCCUCUGCGUUGCAAUAUCCGUUGUCCUGUCUUCCAUCGCAGUGUGUGAUGGCCACUGGCUGUUUGCCAAAGGAAAGCUCUUUGGAUUGUGGCACUUCUGUACCAUCAGCAACAACAGUGCCCUCAAAUGUGACACCAACCUGACUUUGGCCAACGUCAGAGGGUUGAACAUAGGAAUGACUCUUGCAAGAAGUAUGGUGUCUUUUGCUGUCGUGGUGGCCAUCUUUGGCUUGGAACUUCUCAUGGUCUCGCAAGUGUGUGAAGACAUCAACUCAAGAAGAAAAUGGUCAAUGGGAUCGGUCCUCAUUCUUGCCUCUUUUCUGCUCUCAUCAGCUGGGGUGCUGAGCUUCUUAAUCCUUCUGAGGGACUACAUCUCCUUCACAGGCUUUACACUGACCUUCUGGUGUGAGUUUAUUGCUGCCUUCCUUUUCUUUCUUAAUGGAAUCAGCGGACUUCAUCUUAAUCACCUAACCUUUCCAUGGAGCAGAUUGAGAAAAAUUAACAAUGAUGACCAACAGUUCUGCUAAAUAAACUGGGAGCAUAUUGUAGUCUAUCAGCAUUUGAGAAAAGCACACACCAUGUUUUCUGAAUAUAUAAUAAGAGGAAAAUGAUUUGCCCAUAGGACCAGUAGAGGACAACCAUUGAAAGUUGGAUGUUACAGCCUCCUAUAUUUUUUUUUAAAAAAAUAAUUCUUUGAUGUGAAUGGUUCAUAUGUUUUUAGAGACCCCAAUGCAGCCAAGUCUCAUGGAAAUCAAGGGAUCCAGUUAACACAUUUAAGAAAUUUAACAAAUUCCAGUACUUUCCAGUGGGUUUAGUCAUAACUAGUUUUGCCUGAACUACUGAGCUGGCCAAAUUCAGUAUUCAAGUGGGAUGGGAGACACACAUUGUAAAUUUGCUUCUCUCUCUCUCUCUUAAAUCUCUACAACCUAAAUUUUGAUCUAUCAAGUUAACAUUGAUUCAGUGAAUCUAUUCUAAUAGGGCCUAGAAAUUGAGUUUAGAUACAUUACUUUAUUUUUGUACUGCAACAGUAAAAACAAACAUUUACACUCCACUGAAUGUUGGACAAUGCCAAUUCGAGCUUACAUUCCAAAAUAAAUAAUUUCAGUUUAAUUUAAGGAUCACAUUCCAAAUAAAUAAUUUCAGGUUAAGGAUCAAAGCCCAUGGUAGGACUUUGAUCCUUAUUCUUUCUUCAUAAAAAUCUAUGUGAUAUGUAUAUAAAAUGCAAGCAUUUUUAUCAGACUGUGUGCUAUGGAGAAUAUUUCUUUUGAACUGUGCCUAUAAAUUUAUUUUCUAUCGAGGUGGAAAUCAUCUCUCCCUCCAUUAGUUGUGAUGGCUAGGACUGUUCAGAAUUGCCAUUCAACAACAUCUGAAAGGCUUCAUAUGGUAAUUUUCACAUUUUAUAUGGUGACUUUAGUUCCAAGUAACAAGGAAGUCAUACAUAUCUCUUCCUGAACCCCUCACCAUCAUCUACUACUUUUAACAAUUUUAACACAAACCUUUGGCCCUCUAUAUCCCAUAGAUUUUAAUUAGUGUAGCCAAUGAUAAAAGAUGUUGGGGGUUGUCCAUGAAAAUAUUUGGAGGGCCAAGGUUUUCUAUCCCAACUUAGAUCUUUCUUCCCUUGAUAUUUAUUUCUAGCUCUUUCCAAUCUCUGCCCAGAUCUUUCUUCCACUUGAAAGCUUUUCUGUUUUUCUAGUAAAAGUACACUGUGAUAGUGGUGGUGAGUGAAGCAAAAAGCAUGACUUCCAUUGAAAAUGCACAUGGAUUGAGCUGGCUUGGACCAUGAUAAAGCCACUUGAUUUUUAACUGCAGCGAAAACAUAUUGGGACAGUGGCUUUACUCUUAACAAGAAACUGAAUGUUUGCAUUCUGAAAUAAUACCAACACUACUUACUUAUGUAAUCACUAUUUGAUUCUGUAUAUGAAAUGUGAAAGGGAACUUCUUUGUACUUCCACCUUUGUUUUCAUGACAUUCAAACCUCCUUGGUUUUGGGAAGCAGCUCUUAAAAUCAAAAUGCUCCAUGCAGAAAUCCUGAUUUCAUUAAUCUCCUACACCAGUGGUUCUCAACCUGUGGGUCCCCAGAUGUUUUGGCCUUCAACUCCCAGAAAUUCUAACAGUUGGUAAACUGCCUGGGAUUUCUGGGAGUUGUGUGCCAAAGCACCUGGGGAUCCACAGGUUGAUAACCACUGCCCUCCAUAUUUUCACCUCUCUGCUAUGUGGCUUCGUAUUGUGUCAGAUUAACAAAACAUAAAUAAUAAACCAACCAGUUCUGUUAUAAGCAAACAUUUACCAGGAAGAGAUUAUGGUGAUGACAAUGAUGGUUUCAAAAAAUUGAUUCUUGAUCAUCUGAUUCUGUGACAAGAUGGUAUGUCCAAACAACUGAAAUGAGGACCAAGAAAGCAACAAAAGGUGUGUUUGCAUUGUAGAAUUAAUGCAGUUCGACACCCACUUUAACUGCCAUGACUCUAUAGGAGCUGAAGUUUGAUAAGGCACCAACAGUCUUUGGCAGAGAAGCUAAAGACCCUGUCAAACUGCAACUCCCUGAUUCCUUUGCAUUGAGUCAAGGCAGUGAAAUCUGUGCCAAGCUGCGUUAAUUCAUCACUGUGGGUGCACCCUAAAUCCCUUAACAGCUGAGAUGCAAACUAUCUACACAGACUGAAUUUUUCAAAAGGGAGCUUCCCUUUUGGAUAAUAAUGGUGGUGGAAGGAACUUGAGACUUCAAAGUGGCAUUGCUUUGUUUGUGCAGUCCUGAGAGGACAGGAUGUAGAUUGUAGAUUAAUGUGCUAAAAUAUAUAUUUCUGUCUUAUCAAAAACACAGGAAGUUAAUUCCCUGUUUUCUGUCUCAGAAGGCAUUCCUUAAAGCUAGAAAUAUUCAUUGUUGUUGCUGCUUUUUAAAAAAGAAAUUAACACUAGAACUAGAGUACUGUUGGACAGUUAUGAAUGUGUAACCUGCUUGUUACUAUUUUCUGUCCACAAUCCCUGAAUAGUAGCCUCUAGUUUAGGGUAUACAUAGGGGCUGUAAAAGUCCACCAAUCCUCAUUUACUGGGCAGCAGCUGCCGCAAUCAACAAGUGCCUGUUCUCAUGUCAACUGAGAAACAAUUGCCUGAUGACCCACAUCCCAACAGAAGUGAAGUCAGGGGUAUGGAGGAACUGCAAGUGGCAUCCCACUUCUGCCUGCCCCAAAAGAGCUCGCUCACUGGAAGGGAUGUUGCUGCCAAUAAAUCUGUGUCCCAAUUGACCUCUGCUACUGAGUGAUAGUCACUGUGUAGCAGCAUAACUACUGUACUUAGUACAUUUGUAACUCCUCAACAGGAUUCUGGUCAGGACUGAGCUAGUUUAUGCAUUUCCUGCAGGAUUUGUUUUAAUUCAUUCAGCGGCACAUGUAGGAAAUACUGGGUGAGCUUCUCAGAUCGAGAAUUCCUAAUUCAUCCAAAAUUGUCUACAAGGGUGGCUGAGAUAGUGACACCUUUGCUUUCUGAUGAUUCAAUAUACAAAAUUUUUUGUUUCGUGCCCAAAAUUGUUUAAAAUGUUGUACAAAAUUGCCUUCAGGCUAUGUGCAUAAGGUGUAUACAAAAUAUCAGUGAUUUUGUGUUUUAGAUUUGAGUCUCAUCUCCAAGAUGUUUAUGUACAUAGAUGCAAAUACAAGCAUUCCAAAAUCCAAAAAAACUCCCGAAAUCCAAAACACUUCUGGUCCACAGCAUUUUAAAUAAGGGAUAUUCAACUUGUACUGUAUAUUCUGUAUCAAAUAUAAUCAAUUUCUUGGUAAAGCAACAAUCUUUGCAAGAUGAAAGAGAGGCAGCGUUGGCUGUUUUGGACUCAUUUAAGGGUUCACUCAAAGAAAUCAGUUCAUUAGAUGAAGGGCAGAACCUAGAUGUAACUUAUGAAUGAAUACUAACAACACUCUAAAGCAGUAAUUCGCAGACUUUGAUCCCCAAGUGUUUUAGAUUUCAGCCCCCAGAACUGAUGACUGACUUGGCCUUCUAAGAGCUGAAGCCCAAAAUACCCAGACGACCAAAGUUGAGAACCAGUGCCCUAAAUUACCACGAUUUCCCACACAGAGCCACUUGUGGAUAUUCUAGAAUAGGGAUGGGCAAAAUAUAACCCAAGGAUUGCCUAUGGCACACCCCAGUCUGUAAUAUAUCAUCUGGAUCCCCUCAACCCAAACACAAACAAAACAAUUCUAAGCAAAAAUGGUUUAUCAUGCUAGCCUCUAGCACAGUGAUUCUCAACCUGGGGUCCCCAGUUUUUUUGGUCUUCAACUCCCAGAAACCCUAACAGCUGGUAAACUGGCUGGGAUUUCUGGGAGUUGUAGGCCAAAAACAUCUGGGGACCCCAGGUUGAGAACCACUGCAGCAUUUGGUCAUUUAAAGGCCUUUUUGCCCCCGCAUACUUGUUUUAAUUUAUGAAUAGCUUUUAUUAAAUCAGAAGUGACUGGAAGAGGUCUCUAGUAGUGAUUAAGUCCCAUCACCCCCAGUUCUUAGGUGACUUACAGUAUGCAUAAGUGUGUGUUUACUUAUAUUCAUACAUAUACAUACCUACAUACACAGAUACAACUCUUUCUCGUUAGUUUCGUGAGAUCCUGAUGACUUCCUUCAAACAUAUGUAAGGUUUCCCCCCAUUUUCCUAGCAUGAACUAAUCUUGGUUUUGGCUAGAGUUUUAGCAUCAGUUCAAAAGGCUGAACACCCCUCUCCCAUGAGCUAAAUGAAUACUUGUCGUUCAGGCACGUCCAAAAGGAGGACACUGUGGUAAAAAUUCCCAUAUGCAUACAUUAGAUGUGGGCUAGUUAUCACUCUAUUUCCAUUGAACAGAGGGGUUUCAAAUUUAUCCCACAGAGGUUCAAAUGCAUUAGAGAUGCAUUUUGAGCUGUCAAGUUGAAACAGCCCUAAAUGGCAUUCUGUAGCAGACUCCUUUGUGAGUGUAUGAUUCAGUUUCCAUUAAAAGCCAUUUUGUCAAAAAAAUUCUUGACAGAUGAGAGCACAGGCCCAGAACUGCAUAUGGCCUUUGCCUCCAAUAAAUGUUGUUUUUAUUAUGUGUUUUAUUAUGUAGCCUUUUCUAAACUGUAACUAUUUUCUACAAAAGUAAAUGAAAGUGAGAUAAAACUGAAGACUUGAAUGUCAAAUGUUCAAUAAACUACUUUUUGAAUUGA